AUGGCGACUAUGGGUGAAAGUGUUAUAUGUUUUUCUUUUUGUAUUGAAGGAUAAUCUGAGUUUUUGGUGUGCGAGAAGGUAUUUUAGAGAGAUUACGGAUUGCAAAAAUAGGGUAGGGCGAAUUUGAGUUACCGCGUUGUGUGUAAGAUAGUAUUUUGACACCAGCCUGGUUUAAAUGUUAUCACUUGCUUGGCAUUCAGCUCCUUGCAUACGUGUUAUGGUUACGUUUAUAGAUUUUGUUAAAGCUUUUGAUAGUAACUGAACCAAUUGGCUGAAAAAAAAAACAUGUAUGUCAUGCCAGACCUCAGCAGUGAUCGACUAGCGGGCGAAAGACGUUGUGCGUUGUUAUGUAGGUGAUAAAAAUUGAAUCUACAAGGCGGUACAGAUCCUUGUUUGUCACUUCUUUACGAAACGAGAAAAGCAAUCGGGAGUCAUGGUUUCCUUUAAUUUGGUAUUCGUGAUUGACAUUUCCGAUCGGGGAAAUAAUAGGUCUGGCGAUGGUGGCGUUCAUAUCAGACCGCAUCUUCUGAAACAGGGCGUGCUGAAAAUCCUCCUCUAUUUCGGCUGCAGAUUCGGUUUUGAGAAAGUCCGAUGGGGCUAUAAAUUUUACGACGUUCACGGAGGCCGAUGUAUCGUAUCCAGGGCUUCCGACUUCAAAGAACUUCGGGACAAGACUUUCGAGGAUUUUGAAGGGGAAUUUCAGGAGAAACUCGAGGAGAAAAGGGUUAGAAAUACGGCAGCGGCCCCGGGUAACUCGCUCAUAAACCCGGUCCGAUCUGUCCACACAGUAUUGAAAGAGACUUUACUGGAUUUCCAGUGGGACAGACCAGAUAUUACCUCCCCGACCAAGAUAGCGUUGCGUCCCAGAAGACGGCUCCGGGCUGAAAGUAAAAUGACCCCACACCUCACUUUGGCAGAGGAGGACCUGUCGGGGAAGAGUCAAAAUAUUUUGUUCCUCGUCUCCGCCUGUCCGCGCUCCCGGGGGGAGGUGGAAGAGUUCCUGACGCGCCCGGGGGCCUGCGGAGAGCCUCGCAAAGAGCUGGCAGAGCGCAUCCUGCCCAGGGCUCUCCAAGAGAUGGUCGCCCAGAAUAAAGUCGUCCUUCACUGGGUGGAUGCAACAGUCAACUCCCAUGUGUGCAGGCCUGCCGACCACACUGGCUGCGAGUUGGUGUCGGAGGUGCUGAGACAGGUCGGCGGGAGCGUCCUGCCCUUGGAUGCUCUGCUGUGGCUGUCGGAGCCCGGGAAGAGCGGCCUCGGAGGACCGGCACAGAGCUGGGAUCACAAGCGGCCUCUCGCCCGCGGAGGAAGAGAAGCCGUCUUCCCUCUGGACUCCAGCCUCAGCUGCCUUCUGUCUUCAGAGCAGCUAUACCGGGUUGCCUUUCCCAGCCAGACUGGAGUGCUGCAGUGGGGAGCAGGAAAGGAGAGCAAGUCCUGUGCUGUCUCCCUGGAGCCCAUGUCCCUCAGGCAGAGGGUGCUGCCCAGCUCGGUGAACAUCACACUUCACGGAGUUCUGUCGGAGUGGAGCGCUCCGGCCCUGGGGGGGCUGAGCUUGGAGGGCUGGGUGUUGCACGACUCCCGGGACCCUGCAGAGACGGCUGCCGAGUCUCUGUUCCUCCAGCUUCUGAACGAACUUUCUUCACAGGCUCUUCACAUGUUUGCGGAGGUAGAAGGGAGUGACCAGGGCCCCCCCUGCACGGCAGUGUUGUCCCCUCUCUCGGCCUCCACGGGUCUGCUCACCGUCCUCCAGCCUCAGCUGGCUUCAGCCCAAGGCCUUGUGCUCCAGGGGGCCACUGAGCCCUCCUCCGAGCUGCCCGACAUCGUGGCCAGUGUCCUGAACCACGUGUACGACUUCGUGGAGGACAGGGCCGAGGGAUGCCCUGAAGAAGAGGGCGGUGGUGUUCCCGAAUGGGCACAACAGGAGCUGUCCUGCUCCAGCCUACCUGCGGCAGGUCUUGUUGAGGGCUGGUUCCCUCUGUCCGACCAGGCAGGGGUCACCUCCAACUUGGUGGAAUCACUAAGACUGCUGCAGGCUGUCCCUGAUGAAGUGGAGCAGGGAGCCGGGGGGAGCUCGACCGCAGAACUGGAGCUGAUGGGCUGCCUGUCGGAGCUCUACCAGGGAGAGACGACCGAGGACUCGGCCAAACGAAAAGGCAGCAGAGGUGGCGCGCCGCCCACCCCGGUGAGGCAGAAGAUGAAGACCAUGAGCCGCUCGCUCCAGAUGCUGAACGUGGCGUGGCUCAACGUGAGGGCCCAGCAGAGCCAGGCGGAGGGGCCCCAGGCCAGCGAGAGAGGGGCGGCCAAGCCGGGGAAGAGGCGCAGUGGGGAGCGAAGCCGGGCCAGCCACAGAUCUGCACAUUUCAAAACCGAAGAGGAGCUCCUGUGCCACCUCAAAGAGACCUACCAGAAGGCCGUCAGUGAAGAAGGCUCUUCUUUGGUCACUCAGGUCCAGAACCUGCUCACUCUCAUCAAGAGCUUCCUGAAACCCACAGGUCAAGACUCGGAGGCAAAUUGUACACAGUUUGUCCAGAAGAACCUUUUAAAGUCCAGUAAGACCAUCCGAGAGCAGUACGGAAACACCCAAGAUAUUGAGGCAAAGAUUAGAGAGUGCCAGAUGCAGGUGCUUCUGCGAUUAGAGAUGUGCAAGCAGUUCCCUACCCUGCUGUCUGACUCAGUGCGCCUUGAGCAGCUGGUGGAGGAGGUGACUGAUGUGCUACGAAUACUAUCCUUAACGAAGGAUCCAGCUUACCUUACCAAAUUCCUUGAAGAUGAAGUUCUUGCAGUGUACAUGUCAAGUAUUCCUGGCGUCCUGGGGGACAUGUACUACAGUCUGGGGACACAGCUCCCCGAGAGACUCAUGGCAGUUCUGCCCACUGAUUUCUUCAGUGACGAGUCAAUGGCACAGGAGAGCAUCUCUCCAGCCACUUCCCAGCUCUCUGGGGUGCCCAGCUCUGCCUCCAAUGGGGCGGGGCAGCUGGAGGACCUGCGCAACCGAUUGGCCAAGAAAAAGAGGAGCGGUGUGCUCACCAGAACACAAAGCAUGAGUGACGCAUCUCAGAGUUUCCGCCAAAUUGAAAUGCCCAGGAAGUCCAUGAGAAGGGAAAGUUCCAAGUCUUGUGUCUCAGUGGAACAGAUUUGCCAAGCACAGCCACCACCUCCUAAAGAGGUAGUGCAAGAAGUGACAAAAGUCAGAAGAAACCUCUUUAAUCAGGAAACGCUUUCUCCCACAAAGAGAGCCAGAAUGCCCCGAAGCCAGUCUGUCUCUGCUGUGGAAGGAUCAAGGAACAAACGCUCAAAAGAGAUGGUUUUAGAUAAUCGCACAUUACUGACCAAGAAAGUGACCGAGACCCCACUUCACAAGCAGGUGUCCAAUCGUUUGCUUCACAGACAGAUGAAAGGAAGAAAAUUGGACACUGCUGAUGUGUGCAUUGUGGAGGAGUCCCCUGUUAAACCAGCAAGUGUGGCAAACUUGAGGAGGAGCCCAAGGAUUAACAGGCUUACCUUAAGUAGAAGACAUUCCAGCUCCUUUUACUCCAGCUCCCAGCCUCGCUCCCGGAACCUGGAGCGAAUUCAUUCCUCUUCCCAGCUCAGCGAGAGCAAAGCAGACAUUGUAGACGUCCAUACAGUUAGGUCUCCAGUGCGACUGCUGUUCGGGGCAGUGCAAUCUCCUGGCUGCACUUCAUCCUUGAGAUCCAGGGAGAGAAGGAGUGCUGGAAUGGAGAUUCUAGAGUCCGGGGAAUCGGAAGGUUUUGAGAGUCAACCAAAAACUCCUGGGAAAACUCAAAGUAGGACUCCAAGGAAACCUCUUCAGAAACAAUGCAAGGCAGAGAGUAGUGGCAGGACACCCAGGAAGUCUCCACGUUCCUUUGCAAAGUCUUCUGGCCACACUCCCAGGAAGAGUCCAGUCGUGGUGUUGGAGUCCGAGGAAACUGGAAGGAAAUUACGGGGUAGUCCUUUCAGGUCCCCAGUGAGGAGGAGUCUGGUGAUGGCCACUCCUCAGAAAAACAGUCCUUAUGAUACAAAGUUGAAGACGCCAGUUAAGAGCGUUGCAGAUGCAAUCUCGCCAGCAAGAACGCUUCCCUCCAGAAGUCCCUCCAGAACGCCAAGAAAGUCCCUGAGUGUCAGCUGGUCACCUUCUCCUCAAAAGAUCAGAGUCCAAGACGGGGUGAAUGUGCCCUUUAAGGUACCUGAGUCUCCCUGCCAUCCAACACGAAGCUCCCCAAGAUUAUUAAAAACCCCUAAAAGAUUCAGCAGCCCACAGAAGAGCCCUAACGUGCGAGACACCUCAAAAGGCUUGUCAAGAACUCCUCAAAAGCAAAGCAGCCAAAGAAAAGGAAAUUCCCCUAAAAGUACAGUUUUGUCAGGACCUUCCGUCGGCCACCAGCUGGAUGUCUUUGAAGAAAAUAUGAAAACCCCGCAGAAGCAAGACAUUCAUAGAACCUCAGAAAGGGUCUUGAGGCCAGUGAGCUCUCGGAGAAAAGAUGGCUCGAGGUUUAUAAAUUCUCAAGAGGACUUACCAGGUUCAUCUGAGGAUUUUGAAGCCUGUACCAUGCAAAUAGCAGGAAAAGCAAUAGUUCCUGGCAUUUCCUUCCUGCCUGCUUCUUCCACAAAGACGCCACCCAAAAAUCUUCUUUCAGCAGCCCAGCAUUUCGCAUGUUCAAGAGGGAGCCCCGAUCGGUGGUUUGAAAUGGAAGCUGUGACUCAUGUAAAGACUAGAACUACCCCAAAAAAGAGUACCUUCCAUUUGUCAGUUUGUGAUUCCGAAAGCAGAGUAGAGGCAAACAACCAAACUCCCUGCAAGAUGUCAGAAAAUAUUUUGCCCAGCUCUCCGCUUAAAUGUCAGUCUGACACUCAACAGGGCAGGUUGACUCGAGGGAAAAGCAAACAGCUCUCGAGAUCGAAAUCGCGUGAGUGCUUGCAGCCGACUGGCGACAGCGAUGACAUAAGUGCGCUGAAGCCAAAGGCGGCUGUAAAGUGUGAUAGUCUGGAGCAUGAGCAGAAGGGUUCUAUUUGUACACCGUUGUCACAGUCGUCACAGGCAGACCCAGGUCAGCAUUCCUAUCCUGUGUGGCUUGACUCUUCCCAAGCCAGUACGGGCACAUCCGGGUCUUUUGCCACGACGGAAGAGGAGAGCAUCGACAUCUCGGAGGCCACAGUUAUGAAAACGGAGCUAUCGGGAGGUAUCAAAAUGAAUAUUUCCUAUGCUAGAAAGCCUUCCAGAUCCUCCGAGGUGGUUGAGUUCAAGUCCGAACAGCCACACGUUCCCUCCUCCGCUUCCAGACCCAGCUAUGGUUUCCGCUGGACCCCAGAUCGCCAGCAGAGGGAGGCGGCGGCACGACUUGGGAGCCCCGAGGGCGCCCCCAAGUUCUCGACGCCCCAGGGCUCCCGGAGGUCCGGCCAGCGGCGCAAGCCCGCGAGCCCCAGCGCCGCCUCUUACGAGGUGGAGCUGGAAAUGCAGGCCUCGGGGCUGCCCAAGCUCAAGUUCAAGCGGACAGACUCCUUCAGCGCCCGGGAGGCUGGGGCCGAGGCCAGCCUGAGGGGGGCCAAUCGCCAGUGCCCGGGGACGGAAAGUCCGCUGCCCUGCUGCUCCAGACACAAAGACACAGGCUAUGUCUCCCCAGCGCUCUGCACGCAUGGAACACCUGCCAAGACCACCCCGGGGAAAGGGGUUCAGACUUACAUUUGUCAAUCUUGCACCCCAACCCGGCACCCAGCCAGCACACCUUCGCCAUUGGAUGCCGGGGAACUCGCCUCCUGGACCCCCUCCCCUCAGAGCAGGGGGAGAUCAACCCCAGAGAACCUCAACAGCUGGCCGCGCAGGAAGAGGGCUGGAUCUGGGGUGACUGCCGGCAGGGAGAAGUGCAUUAAGGAGGAUCCCGUGACAGAGGAGCCCGAGGACAUGAAGUUAUUGGAGGAUCUGGAGCUGGAAGCUGGGGGCCCUGCCCAGGGCCUGCUGCUUGUGAAAGGCCAGGAAGGCGAAAUCUUGUCCAGCAGAGAGAUGCUGGGUUUGAGGUCCAGAAAGAGAGGCAGCAGUGAGGCCUUUACCCCCGAAAAGGAGGAGACGCAUAAGAAAGUGAAGAAACCUGUCCUGAGCCAGUCAGAGGACUCGGAUAUUCUAGAAGGUCUCUUCAGUAACUGGGGAGGUAUCGAGCCUUUCACGGGUGAUAAACCACAUUUCAUGCAGGAGGGCUCUGAUUUCUCAGCAAUGACGCCCCCAAGCUCUAAAGCGAGGAAGCCAGUGUCAGCAAGCGGGCUUUUGGCUCUGACCCAGUCGCCUCUGUUGUACAAAGGCAAGACCCCUUCCUCUAACAAGAAGAGCGAUGCAAGGGGUGAGUCCGAGCUUGAGACUUGUGCUCAGAAGAGAGGGCCUGAGGAACAGGAACUGUCUCCUUUCGACAAGGGAGCCUCCUGCAAGGCUGCAGGCAGGAGCCACAGCAGGAAGAGGCUGUUACCUUGAAGUGUAUUUCUGUCUAAAUGGCUCCACUCUCUAGGUUCCAAGAACACAAGUGCUUCAGUUUUUAGAAGCUUUUAUAUUUAGAAUUUUUCCUUGCAGUAGUAUGACUUUAUUUGGUUCGUUAACCUUCUUUUUGAAGGUUGGUGCAAUCAUUUUAAAUAAAGAGCGAUCAGGCUUUUGCUUUGCGGUGGAGAGAGCUGUGACGGCCCUGAAUUGAUUAAACGUCUUUUUCAAUAUACUGGAAAUACAGCAGGCAUCUGUGAGACAUGUUUGACUGUCAGAUCUGAAAGUAUUAAACUUGGUUGGAAGACAGUUUAAUAGACAGAUUUUGCAUGUGGUAAAGAAUCCAUAACUGUCCAUUUGAGAUCAUCCGUGCUACUUUUGCCCUCCUUGUUCAGAAAACAUACAAUCACAAAAAAUCAAAGAACUGUUUGUUGUCCUGUAUGAUUUGGUUACACUUCAUCAUGAGCUGUCUGUGACAUGAAUGGUAACCUUUCAUAGGUGGGGAAAGUGAUCAUGACAAAAUUGUGAGUUAAAAUGUUAUCACAAAAUGAGAAUUGUUAAUGUUUGUCAUUAUUUUGAUGGAAUGUUUGUACUUUGUAUGGAGUGGAGAUAAGGAAUUUGCAUUUGUAAGUCCUGUCGUGUCAAAGUUGUUUUUUUUUAAGUGGCACUUCUGGAGGAGAUUUGUGUGAUAUUUAAAACAACUGUUUCAAAGGUAUGUGACAAUCCAAACAGACCCUUUAAAUUCUUGUCAAGUAAAUCUGGGAUUCCGAGCUUUAUAUGCGAAAAUAAAGGUGUUUGUCUGUUUUUUUUUUAUAUGUUCAAAAUCAACAUUUUUGAGGGCCAUGUCAAAUGAACCUUUGUGGGUGUUAUUUAAUGUCAAAUAAAUUUGCAAAGU